CGAGAAACAUUGAAAGUGACCGUUAGUUUUAACGCGACAUAACUACUAUUCGCGGAACACUGGUGAUUGGUUUCGAUCCAAGAUUCAACUGCGUCACCGUUUCGAUCCCCUUGAUUCAGUAGAUAAAGCAUAUACCGUUGAUUAAAGAGGAAAUGGAGAUCCAGACGCCAUACUUGGACGCAAUUCAGGCCAUACCAGGGGGCACACCUGGCGAAAAGUACAAAUGGAUAGCGAAACUUAUAAAAGAACGGAUAUCAGAAUGCAACAGCCUGGAAGAAGUGACCGAUUCAGAGAAGGUUCCCAGAUUGCUGGCGCCCAUAAUCAGGGUACAGGCAGCGCGAUUGCUGUACAAAAAAGAUCCAAAAGACCAGAAUCUUUACGCUGUGAUCGCAGAAGCUUUAAAGUCCGACGACAUAACGGUGGUGUACAAAGCGCUCCAGGCUAAGUACUUUUUCGACGGGAGCAACGUAUCCUUCACCAACGUUCAGUACUUUUUUAACUGUCUGUUCCCGUAUGUCUCUCUGAACACCAGGACAAAGAUCAUAAAAUGUCUAUCCACACGAUUGAAAGAGCCAAAACUCGCGGAGGAGUUCUUCACCGCUGUCGCCGAGACCUACAAUCUGGAGCAGGCGUUACCUUUGCUACCAGCCUGCGGCGAGGUAUUUAUGUACGACACGAUCGUGAGGAGACGGAUCGUGUUGAGCCGGAAACUGGUCAAGACGAUAUUCCACAAGAAUCCGGAUUUCAUCGUGCGUUACUUCAGGCUGAGCCUGCCGAGCGUCCAGCCAAACCAGAGGAAGAUCCAUCGAGUGGAGCUCUACGAGAUGGGCGAUUUUCUUGCGGCGUUGAUCAAGAAACGUCUAGACACCUUCGUGGAACUGUACGAGAAGCACGGUGAAUCGCGGCCACAUGUGAAACUGAGCAAGAAACGAGCCGUCUAUUUCCUAAAGAACGGAAAAUAUCAUCUCCUGAGGAAUCCUCAGGUGUUCAUAAACCUUGUGCCAUUGAAGAUGAUCAGCGUUUCGCAGAUAGAGGUCAUGUUUCCAAAACUGUUCCCGUCAAACGCCGAGUCUUUCGACACGGACAGUAUGUUGCAGUACUUGAGCUACUAUCCGCAGGACAAAAAGCUUGCUCUUCUGAUAAACAGUUAUCAUCAAGUGUACGGAAAGAGUCUUUUGGACGACAAGAAACUGGUCACAGCUGACCUGAUGCGUUUGCUACCGGUCGAGGAAAGAAGACGGCAAGUGAAGAUCAACUGGAAGAAAGAUGAUUUGAUGCGCGUUACAACGGAUUCAGCGCACUUCUGGAUGUGUUAUCUGCCUACCAACGAGGUCAUCCCGGUGAUGAAGGCAGAGAUCGCGAAGAAUUCGGAAAUGGAGGCCAGAGCGUAUCUGGCGCGUCAUAUGAUUUAUAGCUGCAGAGUCAACGACGACGAUCAAGCACUGUUGGAGGUUCUAACAUACAUCAGAGACAGGCACAAGAACGAGCAGGGCUGGUUCACGUUGGACGUGUUACAGGCUUUGCUGGACUUCUACGAUAUGCCACGCGCGAAUGAGAAGAUAUGGUCGGUUGUGAUGGACAUUAUUCUACGUGCUCACGUAAAAAACGAUCUCUUGUCUAGGAGGCACAGCAGCGUGCAGAUCAUCGAGGCGGCUCUUCACUUCAAAAUUCUGAACAACCAACCGAUCGAUCAGCUGAUCGCAAUAAUGGUGGAUUUGAAAAUUUCUAGAUACGGCGGGGUUUGGAACAUACUCCAGAAGUAUCCAGAGUACGAAAGAAUGUGCUUGGAAGCUUGCCUAGUCGAGGUCUCGAAACGUUACAACUCUGACAAAACUCCCUGGAAGGACGACAGGGACGGGAUUCUGCACGAUCUAGUCGCGUCCAUUUAUAGUUUCAACAAAACUCACGUGACGAAAACUUCACGGGUGGAACCGAGGUCGAUCAAGAAUUACCCGUGGUUGCUGCAGGCGGUCGAGAGGAUCGUAUCCAAGAACGAGGACCGUAACUUCUAUAUCAUCCAGAACCUUGGGCAAACUUUCGAGAAGAACGAGAAUGAUAUAUUCGUGCGUCUCUACGGCACGAAGAAGAAGGAUAUCGUGGACAUCGAUUCGGGCGCGGCGCUCCGUUUGUUGAAGAACGACCCAGAGAGCAUUUCCAAAAACUGGAAAGAGUACCUGAAUGCCUUCUAUGCCAACUGCUGGCGUAAACGUACGAGACAUUGGGUGAGACUGGUCCGUUGGCACAAAGAUAUCCCAGUUCGUUUCUUGAAACAAUGCCUCCAGGACCUGGCGAACGAGCAAAAAGGCCCCAGUUUGGACAUUCUAGCUUUGCUUGUUCACGGUGAAACGAUAGCCCGUAUCCUCACACCUCUGAUCCCUACGAGCAAAACUCUAGACAUUCACGACGAAUCGGCGAAGGACAAAUUCAAUCUGAUCAAUCACGUGGUCAGUAGUAUGAAGCUCGCGAAUCCACCGGUUCCGUUAUCGCUGCUGUACAAACUCAGCGAGGGAGAUUAUCUAUCCACGGGUCUGACGGCUAUGAUGAAUCUCUGCAGAAGAACCAAUCUGAUGAGCGUGAUCGGUUUCGCGAAGAAACUAUCCACCGAACGAGUGUCCGUCCGUAAACACGGGGUCAGGGUGAUGUACAUGGUCGCUCCGCGUGAUCAGCUUCACGAUUUCAUUCUCCACCAAUGGAAGACCGACGAGCACUACUCGAUCCAAGAGAUCCUGUUCGCCCAGGCCAGCCAGAUGUUCGCGAAGGAGUCUGGCCCAGCUACUUGGCAUCUGAUCAGCGAGAUGAUCGGCACGUUAACGGCCAAGAACGAGAACACGAUCAAUACCGUGAUCAAGAUGAUCCCGAACGUCUGCGACGAAUAUUUAUCGGAUUUCUUGAAGCUAACGCUGAAGGCGUUGGACAGACUACAGCAGGGACCUCAUGUGUACGGUAGAAUGCUGUCGAACAUCAAUCCGGGCGUCUGCCACCUUUUGUCCGAGGAGUUCAACGAGGAGCUACUGCGCAGGUUUUUGUUCAACCCCGAAACACCGAUAUCUAUGGCAGCUACGGCGUUCGCGCUGUACUCGUACUUGAUACCAGCCGCGGAGAAGUUCGAGUCACGGAUGAACACUUUCACAGAGGUGUUCGUGGAGACGAUUAGGAGUGGCUGGAACGCGCCGUGCAAGGACAGAUCACACUUUUAUUCCGUGAAUCACGCGCUACGUAGGUUCAUCGAUCAGGUUUACUAUGUUGAUAUACACGGGGAAAAGCUUUCGAGGCUACUGAACGGGAUCUUAAAAGCGUUCCUAACUGUCCUGACACCACUAAUGGACCCGACCAGUUACUUAGGGCUGGUUUACAUGAACGAGUACGCGUCCUCGAAAACGCUCAAGGAGUUUGCCAAGAGGAUUGGUACGAAGUUGCCCGAAUUGCUCGACAUUUACACCCCAAUGUUCCAUUAUUUUCUGGCCAACACUCUAUCGAAAUUCCUGGACAAUAAAUCCCUUAUCGGCGAUAACAAGGAGACCUCGAGGUUGAACGUGAUCGAGGGACUGACGGAGGUUGGAUCGCCAGAGGCGACUUUGAUUGCCGUGCAACUCCUGACACCAGUCACGAGCAAGGAAAAUGUUCAUCAAUAUGACAGUCUGGUGAAGAUAUUCUUCGAAUAUGACCAUCCAGCGGUCAAGAGUAUCAUCUGUGAUAAGAGGAAUAAAGUGAGCGAGGGCGAUUUUGGUUUUGAAUGUAUGUAGGUUGGACCGAAGUCUUGUCGACUCUGUCCAUGAAGCAUGAUCGCUGAUAAAAACGACUGGCAUUUUUAAUUACGUGGAAACAGUAAUAUUGUACAUUCGAUGGAUACUGUUCGAUGUUGUCGUGAUUUAGUCAUCUGAUACAUUAUGCU